UUGAAACUUUCUAAAGGCAAUAAAGAGUUCUUGAGUUUGAGAUAUUGAGUUUGAUUGUUGAGCUGCGAUCAUAUCUUUGGUUUCAAUACUAACUUCUGUUACGGCCAAUGUAGAUUUUGGCACGUUUUAAAAAAAUUAGAUAAUAUUUUUGAAUUAUAAUUGAGUUAAAAUCGUAUUUAGCACAUAUUAUUUGUUCAUGUCGUCUUUGGUACGACUCAAAUUGUUUGGGUGGAAAAAAGCCCUUUCGCCGGUGGAUGCAUCUCGCAUUUCUGUAAUGUUUCAACUGAAACACCUGAUCAUAUUUUAGCUGUCCAUACACAAAGGAAAUUUGAAGAAUUCUCACGGGAAGCAUCUUGGGACAGUGCUACACGCAUAGCUUGGACAAUGUCUUGAAGCUGUGGCAGAUAAUACUCAAGACAGAACCACGAAAUAUAUAUUCCGCUACGUCUUUCAAGAAAUAGUACAUACGAUCUAGAAGGAAAGAAAUGGGAGACGACAUGGUGAAGCUCAUCAACCUCCAACAAUUCUAAUCAACUUUAUUGACAAACAACUGCAUAACAAAAUAUGUUCAAAGACUACAUAGUUAUCUUGGAGACAUCCGUGAUAACUUGGUUUGUAACAAGAGGGUAGAUAAGUUAUCUUCUUUCACUGUCUAAAGAGAAUUCAAAAAGACUAGAUCAAAUAUUAUAUUAUUGUAAACAUGUUUUUGAAAUUAAUAAAUUUAACUUUCAUUUCUUUUUCUAAAAAUCAUAGACGGCCAAAAUAUACACACCUUCCAGAAAAAAGGUUCUAAAAUUGAUAUAUAAAAAUCAACAUUUUUAAUUUUCAAUGUUACGAUUAAAGUAAAAAAGCAAAGAAAAAACAGUUAUUAAAUAUUUAAUUGAUUGAGCUGGUCUUGUGGUCCAUUGGUGGUGGAUGGACCUUGGAUGCAAACACAUUCCAGGUUCGAUCCUUCUGUUACGAAAACUAAAUUAUAUUGUUUUGUUCACCACGACUGCAGAUGCGUCCGUACGAAUAUUCAGGAAAUUGCUUGUAGUGGACUGCAAUUUCCACCCAAAAAUUAGUUAUGUGUCUUUAAUAGACCCGGAUUUAACCAUUUAUUUAACAAAAAAAAAAUAUUUGAUUGUAUGCGUGAAUAGAAGUCUGGGCGGCGGAAACCAACGUGGGUUCCUUCGUGGAAUUUCCUUAUGUUCAGGAGCCAACCAAGUUAUAAAGCUUUCUUUCACUUUUCAACAUGUCGUCAUCUCAGUGUAUUUUAUCAUCUUUAGUUUCCGCAAUAUAAAGUGUCUAUAUUUAUAUGCAUGCGCAUACUUUUUUUUUUUUAAAACAAAUUCUCAAAACACUGUGAUGCUUCCAUUUCAAAACUAAGUUUUUGUUUUAAAAUAUAUAACUGUAAAUUAUGUAAUAAUUCUAGCUACGUCAUUCACAUCAUUUACAAAUUGCAAAAAUAUAUUGUCAUAAAUAAAAGCUAUGAAUACUUAUAUAUAAUAAGGAAUUUAAGAUGCUUUUUGCUUCUUUUUUUUUAUUUUAUUUUUUUUCUUUUUUGGAAAUUAUGAUGCUAAUUAUCAUACUUUUUUUUUCUCUCAAAUCUUGUUUUUGAUGUCCACGAAAAUGCUCAGACUUGAGGAGAUUGAAUAAAUAUAGGAAUCAAAUGUUUAGUAGUAUGAGAUGUGCCUCUCUAGUUAAGUAUAUGCUUUAACAAUAAUAAUAUUUGAUAAAAAUCUUAAAUUAAUCUGAUAUAUCUUGAAUAUGUCAUUAUGUCCUACAUAUGCAAAAGGGGUUCAACAAAAACCAAAAACAAAAAUAAGUGAGUGGUGAGUGACUGGUAGGGGCCAUAUGGUGGAUUUGUUGAUGGUGAUGGUGCCUUUGACUUUAUUCUAGUGAAUCUAUUGACCACUUUGCUUUUCUAUGUUUUGGUUUAUUUUGAUUCCCUCUUUUAAUUUGUGUAAUUUUGUCAUAUUAUUUAAUUUGGAAAUGGUAUAUUCUUAAAAGCAUGGCUGCAUUGUCGGACACAUGUGAGUCGGAAAUGUAGUUAAUAACAUCCACAAACACAUAAUAAAGUCAAUCAAGUGAACACUGGCAUUGAAAAUUUCUCCAUGUUACAUAUACGAUCAAUGUUUAAAAAAUAGUAUAGCGUUUUUUGUUCAUGAGCUUCAGUUCAAAAUAAUGCUUUAAAAGGACUUACGGUCGGACCGGCAAACUCCACAGCCAAGUUUCUAAUGCAAUUCAGUUACAAAAGCUAAGACACGCUUAUUGGAAUCAUUUAAAACUUAGGAAAACCCUUAUGGCCGUACUAUAUUUGAGAUAGUUAUCGUACAAAAACACCAUUUUAAAUAAAUAAGUAGGGGUGGACACUGAUACUCAAUAUUCAGCUUGUACGUGCUACUCGUCUUGUACUGGUCCGUAAAAUAAAGUAUUUGAAACGAUCAAGCCAACUAUCAAUUACUGUGGAUGGAUAACUUGCAACUUGCAAGCACAAGUCCAAUAUCAAAUGUUCAAAAAAAUAACUUCUGGUUACUAGGAUUUGUUACUCGUUCAUAAAUUUUCUUUUACGCAACAUGGACAUAAGUUUUUAGUCUCAAAAUCUUGGUCCACUUAAUUUCUUAAUUAGUUGACUAUAAUUUUUUUUGCUUGGCUGAUACACACUGUUUGCCUUUUUUCUCUGUAAAGUCAAGUACUCAACAUUAUCAGAUCGGUAAUAAACCAACAAAUCUUAUUAUUUGCUAGCAUAAAUGAAGCAUCAAAUAUUUUUAUAUCUUUUCACUUAUCUCCUUGCUUGCUUUAUUACAUAUUAUUCGCUACUCGUUCUAAAAAAUUCUUGUUAUCCGUUAAAAAGUUAUUAUAUGUUAAAAAUAUUUUAUUUUUACUUAUAUUGUAACUGAAAACAGAUAAAAAAAUAUAGCAAAAUUAAUAUACUUCUUUUUGUAUGUAGUUGCAUUUUAUUUUAGUUACUCACAAGUAAAAAAUAACUUAAUUUUUUUUAUCUACAUUGUAACUGAAAACAGAUAAAAAUAUUAGAUUUGAUAAAACAAAGUCCAUUGAUAAAAAAAAGAUAACAAAAUUAAUAUAUUUCUUUUUGUAUUUAGUUGUAUUUUUAUUUUAGUUACUCGUAAGUAAUAAAUAACUUAAAAACAAGUAUUUGAUUUUGGCAAGUAAUAAGCCGAAUCAAGUAAUUUGCAAAUACAAAAAUUUUCUGUCGAGUACUUGAUAUAGCAAGUCUUUUAUCGAGUACCAAGUCCAAGUUCUAAAUACAAUUACUUGAACGAGUUAAACCAAGUACCAAACCUAAAAAAAUAGCAAGUAUUUUACUUGAACGAGUUAAAAAGGGUGAUUAUAUAUUUUUAGGGAUAGUGGAAGAUUCUGGAUUUGUGAGUGUGACUGACAUCAUCUUAUGCUUCGGAUGUAAACGUGUAUUAUAUGUUUUGAAAUCUUAACAUUAUGCAAUAUUUGGUCAAACAUGCAUAGAAUCCUAUUUACAUUUUAUAUUCGACUUUAAAAGAGGGGGAGAAAAAUCAAUUAAGAAUAUCUUUUGUCAAAUCAUUAGUAUGCUUUAAACUAGUGUGAAAUUAAUUAAAUAGCCUUGUUUCAAGUGCAGUUCUGUGGUUGUUAAAGGGCGGCUUUUCUUAGCCUUCGAAGCAUUGCAAAACAAUGUCCCGAUUAAUUUAGAUUGUUAAUACAAUUUGCAAACAAAUAUACUUUAAAAAAAAAUCAGAAUACAAUUAAGUGCUGUACAUUCAACAAUGGACCAUAUGAGAGCUUUAGGGCCGGCUUUGUUAUAUUGUAUGUUUCACCUUCAACAGAGAUAACAAUCGACCAAUAUUUUGGAAUCUCCUUUAACACAUACAAUAUUCAUCGUUCAUUGAUAGUCUAUUAUAGCAUUUUUCCAUUUUAGUCUACACGAGCAACAAAAUAUGAACUAGUGUCCCACUUGCUUGUUCCCAAAGGAAAGAUAAAUCUAUUACUGUAUGUAUUUAUGUGAAUGGAGAACUCACAAGAAUGUCUAUUUCCAGUAAAUGAAUAAGAUUUUGUGUAGCUAGCUAAUAGUUAAACGACAAAUAUAAAGCAGAUGAUAAGUUUUUUAAUGAAAUUAUUUUGUCAAUUUGAGAUAGAAUUCAACUGUAACAUUCAAAAUGUCGAUUUACUAACAGCUUGCUACAUUUGCAUGACACUAUAUAUUUAAAUAUAUUUUAGAACAGAACCCUUCAAACAAUUUAAGACAGUCUUGGAAUUAUUAUAUGAAUACUUUAUGGUGUAAAUCACUACUAUUAUGUUGAUAAAUAGACGGUCGAAAAGCAAUCAAUGUGGCCAUUGUCCACACAUUUUAAAUUCAACAAACGGCAGCAUAACCAAUCUCAUGUCCCUAUAAAUACAGUAUCUUGGGGGCAUGCUUACUCCAUAUUUCCUAAAAACCUAUAAACCUUAGUUCUAUUUCCUAAAAAAAAAAAUGAAGCUAUUGGCUGUCAUUGUGACCAAUAUCAUCAUCUUGAUAAUAUUUGACCAAGCACCGAUCACCACUGAAGCAAGAAAGUUGAGGAAAACAAUCGGCCAAGACCAUUUCAAAGCUGGAUCUACGGGUCACUUUGUGCCUGCUUCUCCAGGAAACAAACCUGGCAUAGGACAUAAAAAAGGUAAUGCAAAUGUUGAAGGGUUUCAAGGUGACUUCAAGCCCACGGAAGGAAGAAAGUUGCAGAAAACUAACGGUAAAGAUCAUUUCAAAACCGGGGUUACAGACGAUUUUGCACCCACUGCUCCAGGAAACAGUCCAGGGGUGGGGUAUAAGAAAGCGCAUGCAAAUGUUAAGGGGUUUAAAGAUGACUUCAAGCCCAAGGAAGGGAAUAUGUUUGAGAAAAUGAACGAUCAAUAUCAUUUAAAAACCGGAACUACCGACGACUUCGCACCUACUUCUCCGGGAAAUAGUCCCGGUAUGGGUCAUAAGAAAGGAGAUGACUUCAAGCCUACGACACCAGGACACAGCCCCGGAAUUGGCCAUGCCGUCAAGAAUGAUGAGCCUAAAGCUUAACCGUAUCUUCAUUUUAUACAUUAUUUUACGAUACUAUUUUAAAUUUGCUAGAAGAUUAUUAAUAUUGUGAUGGAUUCAUAAUUCUAGAUCAUGAACAAAAAUACGGUUAAUAAUUGUUUCUUAACAUCUAAAUUAUAUUGAUAUUGUAUGCGUUUAUAUG